AUGGCGCAUCAAGCUCACAACAUCCCAUGGACUCUUCUUUCGUCCAAUCUGCACUGGGUCCUGUCGAGGCCGUCCGCCGCGGCUCCGAGUCUCCAGUUCCUCACAAGACAGCUACGGACCAAGGAGCUGAUGCACUUCUUCGAAGCUUUUGCCAGGAAUAUCGAGGAGCACUCCGCAUGUGAUCGCCGAAAGUAUGCAGACAAAUACGACCUGCCGGAUCCAGACGAUGUGGUGCUGGACGAAGCCACCGUCGACAAGAUCAGUCGCACUGUCCGACGCUGGAGGCACGCCAACGAUCCCUCUGGGUUUCAGGCACCCCCUUGGGGCUGUCCAGGCGAUGGAAUCGAAGAUUGCGCCUGUCCUGUUCUCUCUUACCGAAAUCGUCAGGCGUCGGCAUUUCGUCUUCAGUACGAGCACGGCCCUUACUAUCGAUUUUGGGAGGACAACAGCAACUACUAUUUCAACAUGGAAAUCAUCAAGACCCUGCUUUUACACGGUGAGAUGGACCCCAUCCUACGCAUCUGUGCGGAUCCUCAAUCGGACUUCAGGCACGGCUGGGAACUGGGCGAGCGCUUCUGCGGCCGUAGCGACCUCGGCUUUGACCAGCUUCUCAAGAUGGCACUGGCUGCCUAUAUCGGGCUGAAUGUGAUAUAUUGCUUCCCCGAUACCUGGGACCCAGCAUCCGGCAGGUCUGAUAUCUGGGACUAUCGCCGGUCCCUGUUCUACAGGUCCAUCGUCAAAACCUGCACCAGGCGACUGGCUAUGUCCGAGAUUCCCACCUACCCCCACCGCUAUUUCUUUGGUGUCGAUGACCAUCAAGCCCCAUUCCACGGAGCAACCCCGUCUAUGGUCAUACCGAAUGAAUACCUGCCAGCUUCCGACGACGUUGACGAGGUGCGUGAGAUGCUCUGCCGUAAGGGACUCCCGGCCGAGCUCGCACUGGAUGUCAUGGAACUCGCUGGCUACGAAGUUCCGCGUAGAGUGCCUCACGAUCCUUUGCACCCAUUGAACAGGAAUGACCUGGCCCGGUAUCUCAAAUACUGCUGGCAAAUCCUGGUCCGCUGUGACAUGUUGGCAAAGGCACUCGAUAUCAAGCUCUAUUGGAAGGCCUUGGUUGCUGAUUGCAUUACCGCGUUCUGUGAGCAAGAGAGCCCUUCCUCGAACUUGUGGUACAAGUGGUACUCUGAGGGCCACUGGCCUGAAUGUGAUCGUAUAUUCUAUCGAUAUCCCUAA